UCAGCCCCUCUGGCUUGCAAGAUUUUGAUGAAUUGUCCUAAAUACACUGCUUUUCCACGCAAAUGUCUCGUUUUUCUUUUCUUUUGACACUCUUCCUUGUUAUCUUCUCUCUCUGGCGAUUCCUAUUUGAAAUCAAACACAGGUUGAUUUGAGGAGAGAUUUUAGAGAGAGAGAAAGAGAGAUGGGGGUUCCAGUCAGAACAGCAGCAACAGCAACAGGUGGUGGUGGAGGAGUGGAUAUGCUGAGUGAAAGAGCAACAAAGAUGAGGGAGGCACUACAGAAGAGCGAAUCAAUCACUGAUAAAACGGUAUCCAUUUUGGGCUCCUUUGACCACCGACUCUCCGCGCUUGAAACCGCCAUGCAACCCACCCAAUAUGGUGGCAACAAAUUACCAAGGAGUGAGAAAGGAAGAAAGGCGUUUUUAGUUGGGUUUGGUAUCAGAACACUUGCUAUUCGGAAAGCUCAUGAGAACAUCGAUAAAACAUUAAAGGCCGCAGAAGUCAUACUGUCGCAAUUUGAUAUUUCAGUUCAGGCUGAAGCUAAAAUACUUAAAGGGCCACAUGAGGACCUAGAAAGCUAUCUUCAAGCAAUUGAGCAACUAAGAAACAGCAUUUGGUUUUUUAGUGACCACAAAAGCUUCAAGAGUAGUGAUGGAGUGCUCAACCAUACAAAUAAUUUACUUGCCAAGGCCAUAUCCAAGCUGGAAGAAGAAUUUAAGCAGAUUUUGUCAUCAUACAGCAAACCUGUUGAACCUGAACGACUUUUUGAGUGCCUUCCCAAUUCUAUGCGACCAUCAUCUGGGUCACCGGGAGAUCAGGCUGAUUCCAGUGGCAUGAUACCAUCAUCCCACAGUCACUCUGAUCAUCAAAAUAGUGAAGAAAAUUCUGCAUACACAACACCAACUCUUAUUCCGCCCCGGAUUCUGCCUUUGUUGCAUGAUUUAGCACUACAGAUGGUUGAGGCUGGUAAUCAGCAGCAGUUACUGAUAAUAUACAGGGAAGCUCGUUCUCAAGUUUUAGAAGAAAGCCUUCGCAAAUUGGGAGUAGAAAAGCUUAGCAAAGAUGAUGUUCAGAAGAUGCAAUGGGAAGUUUUGGAAGCUAAAAUUGGGAAUUGGAUCCAUUUUAUGCGGAUUGCUGUCAAGUUGCUGUUUGCCGGAGAACGUAAAGUUUGUGAUCAAAUUUUUGAAGGCUUCAAUCCCCUCAUGGAUCAGUGCUUUGCUGAAGUUACUGCAGGUAGCGUGGCAGUGCUACUCAGUUUUGGACAUGCAAUUGCCAAAAGCAAAAGAUCCCCUGAAAAGUUAUUUGUGCUUCUGGAUAUGUAUGAAAUAAUGAGAGAAAUUCACUCAGAGAUUGAAUCACUUUUUAGAGGUCAACCUUGUAAUGAAAUCAGAGAGUCAGCCUUGGGUUUGACAAAGAGGCUUGCACAGACAGCACAAGAGACUUUUGGAGACUUUGAAGAAGCAGUUGAAAAAGAUGCGACUAAAACUGCCGUGGCAGAUGGAACAGUUCAUCCUUUGACAAGCUAUGUGAUUAACUACGUGAAAUUCCUGUUUGACUAUCAAUCAACAUUGAAGCAACUUUUCCGCGAAUUUGAAAAUGGAGAUGACUCAAAUUCUCAGCUAGCUGAUGUUACAAUGCGUAUAAUGCAGGCUCUUCAGACCAAUUUGGAUGGAAAAUCUAAGCAGUAUAAGGAUCCAUCUCUGACCCAUUUGUUUCUCAUGAAUAACAUUCAUUAUAUGGUCAGAUCUGUCCGCAGGUCUGAAGCCAAAGAUUUGUUAGGCGAUGAUUGGGUGCAACGACAUCGGAGAGUUGUUCAGCAACAUGCAAAUCAAUAUAAGAGGAUUGCUUGGGCAAAGAUUCUGCAGUGCCUCUCUGUUCAAGGCCUGACAUCUUCUGGAGGCGGCAGUGUUGCUGGCAUGGAUGGAGGAAAUAGUAGCGGAGCUUCAAGAGCAAUUAUCAAAGACAGAUUGAAGACAUUUAAUAUGCAAUUUGAGGAACUCCAUCAAAGACAAUCUCAAUGGACAGUUCCUGACACUGAAUUAAGAGAAUCCCUGAGGCUCGCAGUUGCUGAAGUCUUGCUUCCAGCUUACCGAUCUUUCAUUAAACGCUUCGGGCCCUUGGUUGAGAACGGUAAGAACCCUCAGAAGUACAUCAGAUACAAUCCAGAGGAUCUGGAACAUAUGCUUGGUGAAUUUUUCGAGGGUAAGACCUUAAAUGACCCCAAGCGGUAGACAUCCUAUCCAAUGCUAAUCUAUGUAAUGGGGUUGACAGGCCUCGACUUUUAGUCUUUUAUUAGACAACUAUGGGGUCACUUUCUUGUACAUGAUGUUUCUUCCUUUGCCUGUGAAGGUGGUGCAUAUUGUAAUAUACUGCGUUGUAGAGCUUAUUCAUAGAUUGCCUGUUUUCUUGUAAUAUACUGCUCAGAAAGAGGGCUUUUAGCAGUUCAAAACAUGCCAAUAAUUCCUCUAUUCUGCUUGCAAGCCUUGAUAUUCUUGCAGGAAAUGUAAAUUACUGGCUCUAUUUAUGCAUUUUCUUUUGAAUGUUAUAA